GACAAUGGCUCCAAUUAAUACGUCAGGGCAUCUAGUCAGGGAACCAGACUGCGUGCAACAAUGGCGACUUCGGUAGCUUCUGCGCAUUCGGCAGGAGAGGGCCUAGAUGCUGAAAAAAACAGAUUCCAAGUGGAGCUUGAGUUCGUCCAGUGUCUUGCUAAUCCACAUUAUUUGAAUUUUAUUGCACAACGUGGAUAUUUCAAAGAUACCAAGUUUGUCAACUACCUGAAAUAUUUGCAGUACUGGAAAGAGCCCCAGUUUGCCAAAUACCUCAAAUACCCCCAGUGUCUUCACUUUCUUGAAUUGCUGCAAUAUGAACAUUUUCGCAAGGAGCUGGCCAACGCCCAAUGUGCACAGUUUAUUGAUGACCAGCAACUAUUGCACUGGCAACACUACACCAGGAAACGCAUGCGACUGCAGCAGGCUGCAGCUGAACAGUUUCAACAGCAACAGCAGCAACAAAAGCAGCAGCAGAUACAGCAACAUUCAAGACAGCCACAGCAGCAGCAGCAGCAACAGCAGCAACAACAAGAUCAGAAACCACUACAGCUGGUCCAACAGAAUCAGCAGAAUCAGAAAUGAAGAAUUCAGUUCGGACGCAUGGUUUCUGUUGCCUGAGGUUUCAAAGACAGGAUCGUGGUCAUCGGUGAAGCUAAGCCUGACACAGACGGGAUGCGGAUGUGUCUCAGAAUUGACCAUGAAAUCUGCUGCUUCUUAUGGGAAUAAGGAGAACACCGCUAUACCAAACACCACUAUACCGAACAUUCGUCUAUACCCAACAUCACCCUUGGCUCCCGAGCAAUUGUUGUUCGAAAAUGUCAAGUGCUAAAACCUCAAAUCUAUGGUGUAAAUCAAGGACUGUUUGGGCCAUUUUCAAUUCCCAAACGUCAAACGGCCAGUGCUUACAUCAGGCUUUAUGUUGAAGAGUGACAGGUGGCUAUUAUUUCUCCAAGGAAUAGAAGGAAAAAGCCACCAAAACCCUCCUGUAGGUUUAAGUUGAAUUGUGGACAAGAUUCGCGACUCCCCGUACGGAAUGAGAAAUGCCACUACACACUACAACAAUUGUCAAAAGAGGGCGCCGUUGAUGUGUAAAAACAUCAAGCCAUCAAGCCUCAACCAUCAGAGCACCGGCAGCUUAAAAUCGCUAUACCGAACGAUGGCUAUUAUGAACAAUUUCUGUGGAUCCCGCGAUGUUCGUUAGCCGCGGUCCACUGUACUGAUACUUUACUUUCCACCAACAUGUAAAAAUCCAAGAUAUUAAAGUCAUAAAUUCUGUAUUGGAUUUGCAUAUCAUUGGAGAGAGAAGAAAAAGAGCUUGCUUAUAUUUUACUCCGCUUGCUGCAGGAAAUCUGACAAAACUGAAGUUCAACAGAAUCUGUUUCAAGAGAGUAAUUGCCAGUAAUACUUUGCAUAUUUGCACACACUUGCACAGCAAAUAAGAUGGUCUUGAGUUGUCUGAUCAUGCCAAACAGUUGCUCCAUUUUGUUCAUUGUAUAAACAGGUAUCAUACCUUCAGUAUUGACAUUUUGUUAGAACUGCCCAUUCCAAGCUCAAAUGUGUCUCAUUAUUUGCUCAUUUUUCACAGAACUAUUCCAUGAAUAUUUUAGUCGUUAACUAGAAGUAGAACUUCUAUCUGCAGUUUGUAAUUCCCAGAGGAUAGUCAAGGCAAAUCCUAGGAUGAUAAUAAUCUGCAUUAAGGAGUACAUGUGUAGGCAAUGAUUCAUGUGGUUGGAAAGUCUUCUGUACCUGAUUUCAUGAAACUCAUUUCAAUUUACAAUGCAUCACAUGCCGACCAGCGUUGGUAAAAUACCAGUUUUCUUGAAAAUGUCAGCACACCAGGAGCCACGAUUUUACAGGGUGCUUUAGACUGUCAUUCCCUAUAAAACAUACAGUAAGAUAUUUUGUGAUAAUUUUGUUUUUUGAUGUUGAAAAUGUUGUAUCUUCCCUUAAACCUACCGGUAAUGAUUGUUGAAUUGCAAAAAAAAGUUGAAAUUUGUAAAGUCAUUUGUAAACGUGGGCCAUUUUUUUUCUUGUGGAAUGCGUUUCUUUCAUCCCUGUUUGUCUUCCUGUCUUCAUUACAAUCUUACAGUCUUUAGGCACUGCAAAUAGAAAUGAUAGAGGGUUGUCUAUGUUUACCUUGUAAACUUAAGAUUUUUAUCUCAACAUAAACAACAUUGCUAGUCUAAUUUUCCUUUUUUUGAAAUUGUACAAACUGUAAUAAUUGUAAAGACAAGUUGUGAACUUGUGCAUUGUAAUAAACUAAUAAUGGAAUUGUUGCUUUCUAUGA